UUCUCACACUAUCUAGACUGUUAGGUCUCAUCAGGGAUGACUAACUCUAGCAAAGAAAAGAGAGUACUGUAAGGAUCUGGGUGAAAGGUUAGAAUAAUAACGUCAGACGACACACCACCAGGCGGAAUGUCCAUCCUCGUCCGAUUCUGAUGUCGUCCUUAUUUUCCAUUUGCUGGGAGUUCUGUCCUGAAAUACUGCAGUGCUUUAUUUCAAAACAUUUGUGAAUCUUUAAACCCAAGUUUAACCUAAUCGCGAAUUUAGGUAAGCCUGGACGCUAAAUUUUUCGACUGGUGCAAGGGUAAAGGUGGAGAGAAGACAUUCCGAACACAUCGAGCAGCUCUCACGGAACACAUCACUGCUUGUAAACUCUCGGUUUUUCGCCUAAUUCCGUGAUUUCGACAUGUCUUGGUGGACUGCCUACGUGGGGAGGACAUGCAGAUGACCUGGGCAGUUUGUGGGUGGCAUCAGAGGUCAAACUAGUGCGUCAAAGUGGCUCUGGCCACCGAUUCUUAUGAAGACUUAGAAUAUGAUGUCUUCUCAGAGGCAAAGCUUUGUCAGUGAGAGUGUUACAAACGGCCAGAGGAAAAGGUUUUCGUCAGGAUCACCGGAUUGCCCUCACCUCCAAAAGAAAAUUUGCCGACAGACAGACAUGAUGGAGAGUCAAAAGCUUGCAAAUUUUUCCGUAGCUCCUAAUGGUGUUAGUAAAAGUACAGUCCUUGGUAAGAAGCAAGGUACUGAGAAGAAGAUCUUGGCUAUUAAAAAUUUUAAAGUGCAUAACCAGCCAGCUGUUGACCAUAUUGCUGAAUCUUGGAGGUUUUUGAGGGAAGCUGUGGUUGCCAUUCAGGAAUCAAGAAAAUUAAGAGAUAACCUCACUCAAGAGGAUCUUUAUCGCUAUGUAGACAACCUCAUAACACAACGGCCUCCAGCGUUGCUAUAUGCUGACCUUAGAGAACUUACAGAGAAGCACAUUAAAUCACGAUUGAAUCAAUUUUUGAGUGGUACCAGUGAUCGCUUGACUUUCUUACGACAACUAAAUGACUGUUGGACACAUCACUGUCAUCAAAUGAAGAUGGUUUGUAACAUCUUCCUGGCUCUUGACAGAGGUUAUGUACUGCAGAAUGCUCAGGUUUCUUCCAUAUGGGACAUGGGUCUAGAAUUGUUCCGGCAACAUAUUUUAGAGGAAGUAGUAGUAGAAAAUAGAUGUGUUGAUGGUUUACUAAUGAUGAUAGAAAAAGAACGAUCAGGGGAGACUAUCGACAGAUCACUCGUCAAAUCCCUCCUUAGAAUGCUCUCUUCACUGCAAGUCUAUCACAAAGUUUUUGAAAACAAGUUUUUGAUGGCAACUGAACAACUUUACCUUCGUGAAGGUCAAAGACUCACACAGGAUCGUGAUGUUCCUCAGUACCUUCUUCAUGUUGACAAGAGACUCACAGAAGAGAAUAAUAGGGUCCUUCAUUACCUAGAUAUGUCGACAAAACGGCAGUUGAUAUAUUGUGUGGAAAAGCAGCUCCUAAGUGAACACAAAACCCUACUGCUGCAAAAAGGGCUUGACUCGCUCCUUGAUCAGAACCGUCGUCAUGACCUUUCUCUCUUGUAUAAUCUUUUUGCCCGUAUUAAAGGAGGCUUGGAGGAUCUUUGUACCCAUUUUAAUGCUUAUAUUAAGUCAUAUGGGAAAACAAUUGUAGUCAACCCUGAGAAAGACAAAGGAAUGGUACAGGAGCUUCUUGAUUUUAAGGACAAGAUGGAUGGUAUUGUUAGUGAAUGCUUCAACUCUUCUGAUAAGUUUGUUCUAGCUCUAAAAGAAGCCUUUGAACAUUUCAUAAAUCAGAGACUUAACAAACCAGCAGAAUUAAUAGCUAAGUUUGUAGAUGGUAAGCUGCGUGCUGGCAAUAAAGAAGCAACUGAAGAUGAACUUGAGCGGCUCCUAGACAAAAUUAUGGUUCUUUUUAGAUUUAUUCAUGGCAAGGAUGUGUUUGAAGCUUUUUACAAGAAAGACCUGGCCAAGCGUUUGCUAGUGGGCAAAUCUGCUAGUGUAGAUGCAGAGAAAAGCAUGCUGAGUAAGCUAAAGCAAGAAUGUGGCCCUGGAUUUACAAGCAAGUUGGAAGGCAUGUUUAAAGAUAUGGAGUUAUCCAAGGACAUAAUGCUGGCAUUUAAACAGAAUUCUCAGCUGGGCAGCACGGCCAUGGAGCUUAAUGUGAACAUUUUAACAAUGGGUUAUUGGCCAAAUUACCCAGUAAUGGAAGUGAGCAUGCCACCAGAGAUGGUUAAUUAUCAACAGAUCUUCACAAAAUUCUACCUAGCUAAACAUAGUAACAGAAAAUUGCAGUGGCAACCAACACUAGGCCACUGUGUUUUGAAAGCAGCAUUUACUCAGGGUGCUAAGGAACUCCAGGUAUCAUUGUUUCAAGCUCUUGUGCUACUACUGUUUAAUAAAGCAGACACAAUCUCAUUAGCAGAUAUUGCAACAGGAACAAAUAUUGAGGUAAGUUUACUGGAGAUUGGAAGUCUUUUAAUUUGCUGUCUAAUAAAAAAAUGCAAAUGGAAAUUACAUACUGUAUUGUGAAUGUAACAAUUGCUG